AUGUUCGCCCUUCGCUUCGCUUCUCUCUUCCUCCUUACCUCCACGAGCCUCGUCGCCGCCUCGCCCGUUGCUGCCCCCGCGCCCGUCGCAGCUGUCGACAAACGCGCCAACGCCGACAUCGCCGGCGUACUCGACACCCUGACGACCACCGUCGGGACCAUCCUCCCCCAAAUCGACUCGCUCGUGUCCAGUGGCACCGCCACCGACGCGACGGUCACGCCGCUCGUGAACGACCUCACCGGCGCAUUCGACACCGCCACGGCGGCCCUCGCGGCGCUCCCCGCGUCGCGCAAGCGCCAGUCUGAUGACGACAUCGCGAAAACCGUGGCUGCGCUCCUCACUGACGUGGCCAACACGCUCGACGGGCUGCUCGGCACUGCCGCCACGGUCCCCACGCUCGGCGUCCUCCUCGGCGGGAUCGACACCUCGCUUGCCCAGGUCCUCCGCGGCCUCGAGACGCUCCUCGCCGGCGUGCUCAACCUCGUCGCCAAUCUCCUCACCAACGUCGCCGCGCUCCUGCGCAACCUCGCGCUCGGCCUCACGCUUGCGGCCCUCGGCCUGUAG